AUUUGAAAUAGUCGUUCUGUGUGUGUUCUGAUUGUCGGCGCAUUCUGCGGAGAAGCCCCUCUGUUACCACCUCCCGCGGGCGUCCCUCGCAAGUGUCGAUCGAUUCAUCCUCCUCGCUUUCCCCUUCUUGUCGCAUUCCUUCUCCGACAAUGCUCACCCCUCGAAAAGCCCUCUUUGCGGCGCUUGUGCUCAUCGCCUUCGUCGUCUAUCUACGGUCGUCGCACUCCACCUCCUCCGUCCCGUCAUCGGCCCAGGUCCAGGUACCCGAUGACGCCGCCUCCGAUCACAGCCGAGAUACACCGGGGGACCAGACUCAGGGACAGAAGAAGGAUACCCUCCAGCAACCCCUCGCUCCGCUGCCAAGCGCCCCUCUGCGCGACCGCCUCCGCUACCAUUUUCCAUACGACCUAGACGGUAAAUUCCCCGCGUAUAUAUGGCAAACGUGGAAAUACACGCCCGCGUCGCUGUGGUUCGGGGAGGAACUGCGGGAUCCCGAGGCCAGCUGGACCGAAAUGAACCCGGAUUUCGUCCACCAGGUGGUCCCCGACGACACCCAGUACUACCUCAUCAAGUACCUGUACGGCUCGGUGCCCGAGGUCUUCGAGGCCUUUGAGUCGCUGCCCCUGCCCGUCCUCAAGGCCGACUUCUUCCGGUACCUGAUCCUCCUCGCGCGCGGAGGCAUCUACAGCGAUAUCGACACGACGGCGUUGCGGCCCGCGGCCGACUGGCUGCCCGAAGAGCUCGACCUGCGGUCCAUCAGCAUGGUCAUUGGCAUCGAGGCCGACCCGGACCGUCCGGACUGGCAGGAGUGGUACUCGCGCCGGAUCCAGUUCUGCCAGUGGACUAUCCAGGCUAAGCCGGGCCAUCCCAUCCUCCGCGACAUCGUGGCCUACAUCACGGAGGAGGCGCUGCGCAUGAAGAAGCAGGGCGUGCUCAAGAAGGGCAAGAUGGAUAAGACCAUCGUCGAGUUCACGGGGCCCGCUGCCUGGACGGACGCCGUCUUCCGGUUCUUCAACGACCCCGAGUACUUUGAAAUCGAGUCGGGGUCCGAUAACAUCACCUACGAGGAUUUCACUUACCUCGAGGACUAUCGCAAGGUGGGCGAUGUGGUGGUGUUGCCUAUUACCAGCUUCAGUCCGGGGGUGGGACAGAUGGGAGCGGGGGAUAUUGAGGAUCCGAUGGCGUUUGUGCAGCAUUCUUUUGAUGGAACAUGGAAAACCGACCCGUCGCUAUAAUGCCCGAGUGCAUCUUCACACUGUCUUCUCAUUGACCGAGCCCGAUUGAUUCGGCGAGUAGCGGACUCGGGCGCAGCCCUACUAGAUCUGUCGGCCUUUGACGGACUGUAAGAGGCUUCGGGACUCAACAGAGCAAGAGGGAUAAUAUCCCAAACUCAGGUCUACCUAAACAUAACAAUUACCUCCCGUUCCAUCCGCCUCCGCCAAACCGGAACCAACACGACCUCUACACAACUACAAUACAGCUACAACCCUCACCUACACCUCCACCCACCCACUUCUACACCGAACAUCCCAUUC